AUGUCUUCUAGGCCAGUUGUUAGUGUCCAUCUGAUGCCUCUCAUGUCUUCUAGGCCAGUUGUUAGUGUCCAUCAGAUGCCUCUCAUGUCUUCUAGGCCAGUUGUUAGUGUCCAUCUGAUGCCUCUCAUGUCUUCUAGGCCAGUUGUUAGUGUCCAUCUGAUGCCUCUCAUGUCUUCUAGGCCAGUUGUUAGUGUCCAUCUGAUGCCUCUCAUGUCUUCUAGGCCAGUUGUUAGUGUCCAUCUGAUGCCUCUCAUGUCUUCUAGGCUAGUUGUUAGUGUCCAUCUGAUGCCUCUCACGUCUUCUAGGCCAGUUGUUAGUGUCCAUCUGAUGCCUCUCAUGUCUUCUAGGCUAGUUGUUAGUGUCCAUCUGAUGCCUCUCAUGUCUUCUAGGCCAGUUGUUAGUGUCCAUCUGAUGCCUCUCAUGUCUUCUAGGCCAGUUGUUAGUGUCCAUCUGAUGCCUCUCAUGUCUUCUAGGCUAGUUGUUAGUGUCCAUCUGAUGCCUCUCAUGUCUUCUAGGCCAGUUGUUAGUGUCUAUCUGAUGCCCCUCAUGUCUUCUAGGCUAGUUGUUAGUGUCCAUCUGAUGCCUCUCAUGUCUUCUAGGCCAGUUGUUAGUGUCCAUCUGAUGCCUCUCAUGUCUUCUAGGCCAGUUGUUAGUGUCCAUCUGAUGCCUCUAAUGUCUUCUAGGCCAGUUGUUAGUGUCCAUCUGAUGCCUCUCAUGUCUUCUAGGCUAGUUGUUAGUGUCCAUCUGAUGCCUCUCAUGUCUUCUAGGCCAGUUGUUAGUGUCCAUCUGAUGCCUCUCAUGUCUUCUAGGCCAGUUGUUAGUGUCCAUCUGAUGCCUCUCAUGUCUUCUAGGCCAGUUGUUAGUGUCCAUCUGAUGCCUCUCAUGUCUUCUAGGCUAGUUGUUAGUGUCCAUCUGAUGCCUCUCAUGUCUUCUAGGCUAGUUGUUAGUGUCCAUCUGAUGCCUCUCAUGUCUUCUAGGCCAGUUGUUAGUGUCCAUCUGAUGCCUCUCAUGUCUUCUAGGCCAGUUGUUAGUGUCCAUCUGAUGCCUCUCAUGUCUUCUAGGCCAGUUGUUAGUGUCCAUCUGAUGCCUCUCAUGUCUUCUAGGCCAGUUGUUAGUGUCCAUCUGAUGCCUCUCAUGUCUUCUAGGCCAGUUGUUAGUGUCCAUCUGAUGCCUCUCAUGUCUUCUAGGCCAGUUGUUAGUGUCCAUCUGAUGCCUCUCAUGUCUUCUAGGCCAGUUGUUAGUGUCCAUCUGAUGCCUCUCAUGUCUUCUAGGCCAGUUGUUAGUGUCCAUCUGAUGCCUCUCAUGUCUUCUAGGCUAGUUGUUAGUGUCCAUCUGAUGCCUCUCAUGUCUUCUAGGCUAGUUGUUAGUGUCCAUCUGAUGCCUCUCAUGUCUUCUAGGCUAGUUGUUAGUGUCCAUCUGAUGCCUCUCAUGUCUUCUAGGCUAGUUGUUAGUGUCCAUCUGAUGCCUCUCAUGUCUUCUAGGCCAGUUGUUAGUGUCCAUCUGAUGCCUCUCAUGUCUUCUAGGCUAGUUGUUAGUGUCCAUCUGAUGCCUCUCAUGUCUUCUAGGCUAGUUGUUAGUGUCCAUCUGAUGCCUCUCAUGUCUUCUAGGCCAUUUGUUAGUGUCCAUCUGAUGCCUCUCAUGUCUUCUAGGCCAGUUGUUAGUGUCCAUCUGAUGCCUCUCAUGUCUUCUAGGCCAGUUGUUAGUGUCCAUCUGAUGCCUCUCAUGUCUUCUAGGCCAGUUGUUAGUGUCCAUCUGAUGCCUCUCAUGUCUUCUAGGCCAGUUGUUAGUGUCCAUCUGAUGCCUCUCAUGUCUUCUAGGCCAGUUGUUAGUGUCCAUCUGAUGCCUCUCAUGUCUUCUAGGCUAGUUGUUAGUGUCCAUCUGAUGCCUCUCAUGUCUUCUAGGCUAGUUGUUAGUGUCCAUCUGAUGCCUCUCAUGUCUUCUAGGCUAGUUGUUAGUGUCCAUCUGAUGCCUCUCAUGUCUUCUAGGCUAGUUGUUAGUGUCCAUCUGAUGCCUCUCAUGUCUUCUAGGCCAGUUGUUAGUGUCCAUCUGAUGCCUCUCAUGUCUUCUAGGCUAGUUGUUAGUGUCCAUCUGAUGCCUCUCAUGUCUUCUAGGCUAGUUGUUAGUGUCCAUCUGAUGCCUCUUGUUUUGUUUGUAGUGUCAUCAGCCAGUCAAUAA